AUGGCUAUGGCGACUGCCGUAAAGCCAGAAGAUACCGGUACGGUCCAGCUUGACGAAACAGAUGAGAGGAAGGGUCCUACGACCACGACGAAAUCCUUACCAUCAACUGAAGGCGUCGAGAUCACCCGUCUACCUACGGAAGAUGAUCUUCAGCUGCCAACCAGCAGUGGACUAAAAUCGACGUUUCAUGUCUACGACAAGCACGGGUGUCACAAGUGUAUCUCACCAAUCCUUGACCCUGUGCUAGAACAGCGUUCUGGUCCUACCGUUAAGCAGCAGAAAGCUAAACAUAAGGAGCGGAAGGAACGUCAAGACGCCGGUCUUCCUCGUGUCGAACCAGACAACAAUGCCUUCUUCCUACACCGACCGUAUCUUGCCUUCCAUGUGCCGCCCCGUGUUCUUUACAUGGGCAACAGCAAGCGCAUGGCACAACCUGCUGUUCUAGUACACGAGGGCUGUUGGUGGAAGGAGUAUAAGCUCCAGCUACUUCCAUCUAUACCCGACAUAAUCGACCCACGUGGGGUAGUUGGAUGGCGACACAAUGGAGGUGACAAGAAAGCGCUCAAGCUUGACGAUCACAAGUUCAAAGGCUAUAAAGUCCGAACAUGGAGACUGUGGGGUGAGACGGGUAAAGACUACGUACACUCUGUAAAAGCCAUACGCCAAACUGGCGACGGUAUGGAUCCUGAUGUGGCUAAAGACUCCAGCGUCAAGUCGGGAGAGCCUGCGAUGGCCAACGAGGUAGUGUACCUGCGGUGGAAAAACCCUCUAUCCCGUCACACAAGAUGCUAUCACUUCCACUAUGCAGGCAUCGACUUCUUCUGGAAAGGAACAGGUUCUGUCCAGGAAUCUCGAACCUGUGGGCUCAUGUUGCGCUUCAACCACUUGAAGCUAGUAGCCAAGUUACCAGUCCUCGAAGAGAAGGAAGAAACGCAAGUCGAGGUAUGUUUAGGAACGUACACGUCGUCCAUUGCAGUUAGGAAAAAUGGUACUCUAGAGUUCUUUGACACCGUUAUCUUGCGGUUGGUUGACGAAUUCGCGCCAUCCAUCCUAGCUCGGCCAGAACAAGAACGUGAAGAGGAAGAUGCAGUGAGGAUUUCUCGGAUGAAGAGAAGCACGCUUUAUCAAGUAUUCGUCGCUACUGCCAUGUGCAUGAUCAAGAGCGAAAAGGAAAAGAGACACACUUUGCUGGAUCUGAUAAUUGCCGGUAUUACUGAGGGUGGUGGUGCGGGCCGUUUGCGCGCGCACCGAAGAUUCGAUGUCUUCAUUUCAUCCCGAGCCGCAGCGAGUAGGCCUCUGAGGCGAUAUGGGCAGACGGCCACACAACACAAACCGGAAGAUGACGGAGAACAUGAGGAAGAAGGCACCAGGGAAAGAGUGAAGGAGUCAGGAGUAGAAGCUGAGAAGGAGGAAGGCGCGUUCACGCGACGAAUGCGUAAUAUGAGCGAAGAAGCGUUGGAAUCUGGAGGCCAUGGCGCUAUCAAGGCUGUCAAGGAGGCAGGAUUUAGUGCAGACCUCAAGGCACAACUCGAACAGCGCAUCGCAUCCGCAAACCUCAGAUCUUCCGAAGCAGAGCUGCCCGACUACGCCUCUCGCCACACGCGCGACCUUGCCACAACCGAAGCGUGGACCGGCACCGAGUCUCUCCACGAUGCUAGCCUGCGCAUGCUGAACGAUGCCCAUAAGCCGCUGCGACUAGGGAGACCACCGAAAAUGCCCGGCGUGCCGAUACCGCAGUCGAUUGACACCGGACAUAGUCGGAGCAAAGAGGGUCGUGGCUUGCGAUUAGCCAAUGCACGCGACAGGAGUACCGUGUAUGCAACAAUCAAAGACGACGAAAACAUGGAAGCUUUCGACCGGGAGAAGCGCCUGCAGGAGCUCAAAGAUCGCUUCGAACCGCAUGCGCGUGCCAUCGUUCCUGGGUCCAUCCAAGGACUUGCCUCUCUUGCGAAUAAAAGGAUCGAAGAUGCAAUUGCUCGUGGCCAGUUCAAGAACAUAGCUCGUGGAAAGACGGCAAACGUGGAGCGAGACUACAAUGCAUCGAGCCCAUUCAUCGAUACGACCGAGUACUUCAUGAACAAGAUUAUACAAAAGCAGGAAAUUGUGCCGCCGUGGAUCGAGAAGCAACAAGAGCUCACAGCAACAGCAAGCAAGUUCAGGGGUCGUUUACGGGCGGACUGGAAGAGACAUGCUGCGCGUGUGAUAGCCAGUAAGGGCGGAUCACUGCUGGACCAAAUCAAAAGAGCAGAAGCGUUUGCCAAGGCAGAGCUCAUUGCGAAUCCUCUGAAAAGGAAACAAGAGACGCUUACCACUGUGGACGAUGAUGGGAAUAUGUCACAGAUUACGUUAUCGGGAGGGCUGAAGGUGAAUCCAGCAGGCGAAGGGUCGAACGGAGAGCCCGUGGUCAUGGAAGAGGUUGUAGCGAAGAUGGUCACCCUCGAUGCGUCGCCAGAAGCUGUAGCGCAGGACCCAGGAGCAGCCACUGUAGCAGAUACGACUACGCAAACCAUGGAAGUACCUGUCCCCACGCCUGAGCCGGAAGUGCUACCUGCACCUUAUCCCUUCCGUGACCCUGAUUGGGAACGCAUUGAAGGUAGCUACUGGACGGUCGCUAUCAAAGACCUGAACGACAAGGCGCGCAGCUACAAUCUCCUAGCACCCGAGCUAGCUAAGAGACCUUACUUCAACCUGCAACGCGAGCUGAACUCCUGCUUCGCCGACGUCGCGCCUCAGCUUGCCGGGGCCAUCCUCGAGCGUGCGCGGAAACCACCUAAGAAAGUGGAUAGCUGGCAGAGCUCCAGCCAGAAGAGCGUGCUGGACAACAUCAUUGGAGGGCCAGUUCGCGUGCGAGACGAACGUCGCGAGAAACAAUACGGCUUCAGGCAGUUUUGGAAAGAUCUCUGGGCCGACAAGUCAAGCAAUCCGUAUUGA